AUGUUGUUUGAACAUUCCCCGGUUUUCGUAACACCAACUGGAUGGAAGUACUUCGGAAACUUGAUGGAUGCUGGUCGUAUAUAUCUGUGCGGUGAAGAGUCCUUUGGAACUGGUAGCGAUCAUAUAAGAGAAAAAGAUGGUGUAUGGGCGAUGUUGGCAUGGUUGCAAAUUUUGGCCGAGAAAAAGCUUUCGGUGGAGGAUAUUGUGAAAGAGCUAUGGACACGUUAUGGGCGAAAUGUUUUCACAAGAUACGACUAUGAAAAUGUGGACGCCUCAGGAGCUAACCUGUUAAUGACAUUCCUUGAAGCACAAAUGCCAGCUUUUGUUGGAAGAGAGCUCAGUGCCAACAACGUUACAUAUAAGGUUACCUUUAUACUUUUUAUUCACACCAUACUGUAUGCCAUACAAUGCAGAAAUACUAUAGUAUCCUUUUUGUACUGUGAAGCUGACUAA